AUGGUGACUGAUAACCAGCAGCGCAAGCCAUCGAGCGGGCUUGACAACUCUCUCAAUGACAGCAAUGGUACGGUGGCUAAGAGGCACCGUGUCCGUUGGGCUCCUUUGAAUAUCGGCAUCGAAAGACGCCUGCAGACCUUUAUCGUUUUAUGCCAUACAUUGACCAUAGCUAUUUUCCUUACCGCCUUCUUUUUCGUCUGUGCAAUGCCAUUAUUCUGGCCAUUGCUCCUCCCUUAUCUUAUUUAUAUCUCCCUCUUCUCUACCGCCGCGACAUCGGGAUCACUCAAGUCCCGCUGGCAGAGUCUCCGUUCUCUCCCAAUCUGGAAGCUCUAUGCUGCCUAUUUUCCUGCACGCCUACAUCGUACUGAGGUACUACCGCCUACUCGGAAGUAUAUAUUCGGUUACCAUCCGCACGGAAUCAUUUCUCAUGGAGCUUUCGCCGCUUUCGGGACGGAGGCAUUGGGAUUUUCGCAACUGUUUCCUGGAAUUACAAACACUCUACUUACCUUAGACUCCAACUUUCGGGUACCAUUUUAUCGAGAGUAUGCCAUGGCGUUGGGCCUCGCUAGUGUAUCUCGUGAAUCCUGUGAAAACUUGUUGACAAAAGGUGGUGCCGAUGGUGAGGGUAUGGGUCGUGCCAUAACAAUUGUUAUCGGUGGAGCUCGCGAAUCACUCGAUGCACAACCGGGCCGACUCCGUCUAGUGCUGAAAAGUCGUAAAGGGUUUGUGAGAUUAGCUGUCCGCACCGGGGCUGAUCUUGUUCCAGUGCUUGGUUUUGGCGAAAACGACCUUUAUGAACAAGUCAAUUCCGAACAGCAUCCCUUGAUCCACAGGUUUCAGAUACUUGUGAAAAAGACCAUGGGAUUUACGAUACCUCUAUUUCACGCUCGUGGUGUUUUCAACUAUGAUGUCGGCCUCAUGCCCUAUCGACGGCCUCUUAACAUAGUCGUUGGCCGCCCAAUCCAGGUUCUCAAGCAACAGGACAAUCGCGAUGUUGAGGAAAGCUACAUAAAUGAUCUACACGAUAGAUAUGUUCAAGAAUUGAACCGGGUAUGGGAGGAAUGGAGGGACGUAUAUGCAGUCGGGAGGACAUCUGAAUUGGAGAUCACAGCAUAG